CCGGAAGUCUCUGUUUGCUGGCAACGUGCUGCAAAGCAGCAGCCUGGUGGAGAUCGCCUUGUUCUUUUGCUGAUGUGGUGUGAGCGUGAAGUGAAGGGGCCGAAACGAUGGCUGCCGGUGGAGUGCAGUUCAAGGCAAACUAUGCUAUUUCCAGCAAAAUUGAGCCAUUUUACAAAGGAGGAAAAGUACAGGUGAAUAAACAUGGAACAUAUAUGUUCUGCUCAUGUGGAACUAAGAUCAAUAUCUUAGACAUUGCAACAGGAAAGAUCUCAAAGAGCAUUGAACAGGAGGAUCAGGAAGAUAUUACCUGCUUCAGCAUAAGCCCCGAUGAUGAGAUCCUGGUGACUGGCAGUCGUGCCUUACUCUUGAAACAGUGGGACUGGAAAGAGAAUAUGUGUAUUCGUACUUGGAAAGCUAUCCACACUAGUCCAGUGGCUAGCAUGGCUUUUGACUCUACCUCAACUUUGUUGGCCACAGGUGGAUGUGAUAGCACCAUCAAGAUCUGGGAUGUUAUCAAGCAGUAUUGUACCCACAAUCUGAAGGGCUCUUUUGGAGUUGUCCACCUUGUUGAAUUUCAUCCUGACAUAUCACGUCUCCAACUUUUCUCCUCUGCGAUGGACAAUAAAAUACGAGUCUGGAAUCUGAACACGAGCAAGUGUAUGACGAUACUGGAUGCUCACUACAGUGCUGUGACUUCAUUGGCUUUCACUUUGGAUGGAAACACGCUUGUCAGCUCUGGCCGAGAUAAAAUAUGCACUGUGUGGGACUUGACGACCUACAAAUCACAGAGAACAAUUCCUGUGUUUGAAGCUGUGGAAGCAGUGAUAUUAUUACCAGAAGAUGAGGAUUUCACUGCGCUGGGGGUGAUGAGCAAAGAACAGCAUUUUAUCACAGCUGGUAGCAAAGGGAUCCUUCGAAUUUGGGACGCUAAUUCUGGAAAAUGCAUAUAUUCUCAGUGUGUGGCUGGUAAACCUAACAAGGAAACUGAAGAUGAUGCUGAUGAACGAUCUCUGACUCACUGCAUGCUUGUCCCAACAACAAGGAAGCUAAUGACUGUAACUGCUGAACAUAACAUCCUUACUUACGAUCUGGGCACUUUGACACUUGAACGACAGUUUGUUGGUUAUAAUGAUGAAGUGCUGGACGUAAAAUUCCUGGGACCUUCUGACAAGCACAUUGUGGUAGCCACAAACAGUCCGCAGCUCAAAGUUUUUGAACUAGCAACGUUAAAUUGUCAAGUCUUGUAUGGUCAUACAGACACAGUGUUAGCUCUGGAUGUUUUUGAACAUGCUGCCACAUUUGCCAGUUGUUCAAAGGACAGAACGAUUCGAGUCUGGCGAAUGAAUGAAAAGACUGGCAAAGUGAAAUGUGUUGCGCAAGGGUUAGGACACGCCAACUCUGUUGGUAUCAUUUCCUGUUCUCGAUUGAAGGAAAACUUCAUAGUUAGUGGUAGCCAGGAUUGCACCUUGAAGCUGUGGAACCUUACAAAGUGCCAAGCCUCUAGGAAAGAUGAUAAAUCUGCAGAGCUUGAAGUUCUUCGUGCUAGUUUGACAGAGAAGGCCCAUGACAAAGAUAUAAACAGUGUGGACAUUUCUCCAAAUGACAAGUUGAUAGCAACAGGCUCCCAGGAUAGGACAGCAAAGCUCUGGUCAUCUUCCAAUUUCUCACUCCUGGGAGUAUUUCGAGGCCACAAACGUGGGAUUUGGUCUGUCCAGUUUUCUCCAAUGGAUCAAAUCCUUGCUACCUCAUCAGCAGAUGGCACUGUCAAACUGUGGGGACUUAAGGACUUCAACUGUUUAAAGACAUUUGAAGGCCAUGAUGCAUCGGUACUGAAGAUUAUUUUUGUCAGUCAUGGAACUCAGCUGCUAACAAGUGGGUCUGAUGGUUUACUGAAGCUUUGGACCAUUAAAACCAAUGAGUGUGUAAAAACAUUAGAUGCCCACGAGAAUAAAGUGUGGGGUUUGCACUGUAACAAGAAAGAUGACUUGGUUGUCACUGGAUCGGGAGAUUCAUGUAUAAUUAUCUGGAAGGAUGUUACAGAGAUUGAGCUUGCAGAAGAGCAGGCCAAACAGGAAGAGCAAAUUUUAAAACAACAAGAAUUAUCUAAUUUAUUGCAUGAACGAAAAUACUUGAAAGCUUUAGGAUUAGCCAUCUCUUUGGACCAGCCCCAGACAGUACUGAUUGUGAUCAAAGCUCUUCUUGGUGAAUGUAAUGGAAAAGAAAAACUGGAGUCAACAAUCCUCAAGUUGCGACAGGAUCAGAAAGAGUCUGUUUUAAAAUUCUGCAUGGUAUGGAACACAAACUCUAAAAACUGCCAUGAAGCUCAGCAUGUCAUCCAGAUCCUCUUAAGAAAUGAAACUCCUGAGCAUUUUCUUCAGUACAAUGGAAUUAAGGCUGGUCUCGAGGCACUGAUUCCCUAUACUGAGCGCCAUUUGCAGCGAGUCAGCAGGAUGUUGCAGGCUUCUAUGUUUUUGGACUAUAUGUGGCAGAAUAUGAGACUGACUGGGAAAGCCAAUGAUACUGAUCCACAAACUGAGGCAAUGGAGAUCACGCCAUCAUUUCCACUGGACGAAACAGCUAAUGAGAGCAAAAAGGCUAUUAUACCAACAAACGUUUGUACCCAGAGGUACGAAUCUGAAGAAGAUGAAGACAGUGAUACUAACUUUAUUGCAUCGGACAAUGGAAGUUGCAACAAGCUAAAGCAUCUCCCACCCAGUGGGGAGUACUUCAAAGAGAAUCUGGAGCCUCAAAAGCAAAGUGACAGUGAUUUGGAGGAAGAUGAGAGUGCUGGUGAUCAGAUAGAAAAAAUAACUGUAGUAAAAGUGAAACAAAAGCGACCUAAUACCAGAAAGAAAUCAAAAUCUGCCAAAAAGAACUGAUGCUCCAUCAACUUCCAAAACGCUGCAAUCUUUGUAGCACACUGUAAAAUUCCUUAAUAUUAACGGAUUUGUAUUUUGUUCCACCUGUGCAUAACGUAUGCAUUUGGAGUUUUAAUCCAUAUAAUUUGUGAAUUUCUUCCCUUCAUAUGAAAAUAAGCAUGUGAUCUUUAAAAAGGACAAUUCUAAUUUUAUAUUUUCUGUGCCAGAUAUUUACAAUAAAGUUUCCAGAAUGUUAAGCACAGUUUUUUGUAAUCAUUAUGAUCAUCACUGGGCAAAACGUUGGUUUUCAUGUUACAAAGGCUUACUACAUGGAGUAUUAUCACAGCUCAGUUUAACCUUAGUGAUGGUAAAAAGGAUAAUUCAAAAUUUUCUCCAUAUAACUACAAUAUAAAUUGUUCAUAUGUUUUGUGCAUUGGCAUGCUGAAUGUUAAUUUUUCUAAAAUAAUGAACAAUCCGUUUGAAUUCACUUAAAUGUUAUCAAAAAUGUACCUUGCGAAUG